CUGAAUUUUUAUGUGAGCUCUCUUGAGUUUUAAGUGCUGUAAACGAAUCCAAGUUUUCAAAUGUGGGAGGCCAAACACAACACCCCUGCAGGACAAUUUGGCCUUGGCCUACCGGCUUGCGAGGCAUUCUGCCAACCAGCCAUCCCUCCUCAGACCAAAGACCUGAGGGUCCACUCUUUCAGGCUCUGGGAAAUCUAGCAAUGAGCGAGCCAGACAACUUUCUUGCAUUGUGGGGGUGCCUGGUACCGUGCUUCUUAAACAUCAGGAUGUGUGGGAAUCACCUGGCAUUCACACUGAAAGGCAGCUUUCUCACUCGGGAGGUCUGGGGUAAGUAAGGCCUGAAAUUUUCUUUCUAACAAGCUCCCAGGUGAUGGUGAUGCUGGUGAUCCCUGAACCAUAUAUGCUUUGAGUAGAGUUGCUCUAUAUUCCGGAGGGGCUUAGGAGCAGCUGGCAAGCACCGUGUUUUUACUUGAGUUUUAGUUUAUUGGGGUGUCUUGGAGCUGAGGACAUCAGAGGCAAGUGCUUAAGGCUGCGCCGCCAGGUCUCUAUUCUCAGAGGUUAUAAUCUAGAAGGCAGGUGGGGGUGGAGGAAAGUGUUAGGAAAAGCUUCCUGGAGGAGGUGCAUGGGAACUGCAGGAACCUCCCUGGCCGUCGAGAAAGGGAGAAGCCCUGAACUCCCCCUCUCCUCGGGCUGGGUCUCUGUAUCCCCACGCCGUGUACGGUUUCCCAGGCAUCCCACGUGUCUGCGCCCAGCGAGUGCCUGUCAAUCAAGUUUCUCUCCUACCCCGGGCUGGGUAGGGUUUAAAGGCAACAGCGGUGCAGAGCGCUCCCAUCGUGCCGCGCGGCGGGCGGGUUUGGAUUUUAAAUCCCCGCGGCCAAUCAGUGGCGCGCAGGCUCUUGUAACGUUCCCGGCGCCGCGUUUGAAUUCGAGGAGGAGCGAAGCGGUGCCAGGUCUCUGCCCAGACUCUGCUAGGUUUGCGGAGCAACUCCGGGAACAUGAGUGCGGCGGCAACUGCAGGGAAGCUGGCGCGGGCACCAGCCGACCCAGGGAAAGCCGGGGGCCCCGGAGUUGCAGCUCCCGGGGCUCCAGCGGCCGCUCCGCCGGCGAAAGAGAUCCCGGAGGUCCUAGUGGACCCGCGCAGCCGGCGGCGCUACCUGCGGGGACGCUUUCUGGGGAAGGGCGGCUUUGCUAAGUGCUUCGAGAUCUCGGACGCCGACACUAAGGAGGUGUUCGCUGGCAAAAUCGUGCCUAAGUCGUUGCUGCUCAAGCCUCACCAGAAGGAGAAGAUGUCCAUGGAGAUAUCCAUUCACCGCAGUCUCGCCCACCAGCACAUCGUAGGCUUCCACGGCUUUUUCGAGGACAACGACUUCGUGUUCGUGGUGUUGGAGCUCUGCCGCCGGAGAUCUCUCCUGGAGUUGCACAAGCGGAGGAAAGCACUGACGGAGCCCGAAGCCCGCUACUAUCUUCGGCAGAUCGUCCUUGGCUGCCAGUACCUGCACCGAAACCGGGUCAUUCACCGGGACCUCAAGCUGGGCAACCUUUUCCUGAACGAGGAUCUGGAGGUGAAAAUAGGGGAUUUUGGACUGGCAACCAAGGUCGAAUAUGACGGGGAACGCAAGAAGACCCUGUGUGGGACUCCUAAUUACAUAGCUCCUGAGGUGCUGAGCAAGAAAGGGCACAGUUUCGAGGUGGACGUGUGGUCCAUUGGGUGCAUCAUGUAUACCUUGCUAGUGGGCAAACCACCUUUUGAGACUUCUUGCCUAAAAGAGACUUACCUCCGGAUCAAGAAAAAUGACUACAGUAUUCCCAAGCACAUCAACCCUGUGGCCGCCUCCCUCAUCCAGAAGAUGCUUCAGACAGAUCCUACUGCCCGCCCAACCAUUCACGAGCUGCUCAAUGACGAGUUUUUUACUUCUGGCUAUAUCCCCGCCCGGCUCCCCAUCACCUGCCUCACCAUUGCACCACGGUUUUCAAUUGCUCCCAGCAGUCUGGACCCCAGCAACCGGAAGCCUCUCACAGUCCUCAAUAAAGGCAUGGAGAACCCCACGCCCGAGCGGCCCCGGGAGAAAGAGGAACCAGUGGUCCGGGAGACCAAUGAGGCAGUCGACGGCCACCUAGGCGACAUGCUGCAACAGCUGCACAGUGUCAAUGCCUCUAAGCCCUCAGAGCGGGGGCUGGUGAGACAAGAGGAGGCUGAGGAUCCCGCCUGCAUCCCCAUCUUCUGGGUCAGCAAAUGGGUGGACUAUUCAGACAAGUACGGCCUUGGGUACCAGCUGUGCGACAACAGUGUGGGGGUGCUCUUCAACGACUCGACACGCCUGAUCCUUUACAAUGACGGCGACAGCCUGCAGUACAUAGAGCGUGAUGGCACAGAGUCCUACCUCACUGUGAGCUCCCAUCCCAACUCCCUGAUGAAGAAGAUCACCCUCUUGAAGUACUUCCGGAACUACAUGAGUGAACACUUGCUGAAGGCAGGCGCCAACAUCACGCCUCGGGAAGGCGAUGAGCUCGCCCGGCUACCCUACCUGCGCACCUGGUUUCGCACCCGCAGCGCCAUCAUCCUGCACCUCAGCAACGGCUCUGUGCAGAUCAACUUCUUCCAGGACCAUACCAAACUCAUCCUGUGCCCGCUGAUGGCAGCCGUGACCUACAUUGAUGAGAAGCGGGACUUCCGCACGUACCGCCUGAGCCUGCUGGAGGAGUAUGGCUGCUCCAAGGAGCUGGCCAGCCGGCUGCGCUACGCCCGCACCAUGGUGGACAAGCUGCUGAGCUCCCGCUCGGCCACCAACCGUCUCAAGGCCUCCUCGUAGGCCUUCCUCCCCUCCGGACUGGUGCCCCUCCCACCCCCACCAGCACCUCGGCCCGUACUGGUUAGCUCCCACGGUGCUGUUUUCUAGAACGUGGCCCCCGGCCCUGGGGGCUGGGAAGAGCUACAUUAUCCUUGCUGGUGGGUGUCUCCGUGUAAGUUAUUUUUGUACAUGUUCCGGUGUGGGUUCUAUGGCCUCUUUCCCUUCCCUCUCAACCCCGCCAUGUGAAUUGUACAGAAUAUUGCUCUUGAAUCCGGGACUGUCCUUUCCUUGCCUUUAUAUACAUUAAACACGUGAAUCUUC